CGCACUGGAGAAUGACGCAAUAACAGAUGACGCCAACCGUAAACAGGAAGCAGUUAGCUGCUGUUAGCGUCUGAAAGAUGGUGUACGUGUCUAACGGUCAGGUCCUGGACAGCAAGGCUCAGUCGCCAUGGAGACUAUCCUUACUGGUGGAUCUGUUCUGGGGAGCAGUGGAGUUUAUCGGCCUCUUUUUUAAGACGUUGGUUCAUCCUGACAUGACAAAGGAUGGAAACUCUAGUUCUUCACGCUUCAGUGAUGGCAGAGGUCCUCCAGGUCCCCCUGGUGGCAGGAGGCGGAUGGGAAGAAUAACCCACGGUGGAGGUCCCAAUGCUCCACCGAUGGGUGGAGGAGGAUGAGGAAGGUAAACGCCUACACAUCCAUUCAGUGUAGGCGUGGGACUUCACACAGCAUCGUUCUGCUCAGAACCCAGAGAAAGACGUCGCGGUGCUGAAGCCUCUCUUCAUCGGCUGCCGCUGCUACAAGCAGUUUGUUGACGCUUUUCUGGGAAUUCCUACCUGUAGGGGCCAGAACAGCUGAUCCAGCAGCUAUCUGCAUCACUUCCUGUUUCCUAAUCUGCAGUCACACUAGUCCGUUAGACCCAGUGGUAAUUCUGUUCUCCCUCCUGGGAAUCAUCAGUUAGUUCAUCUUUGUUUUGUAUCCUUCUGUUGAAAUAAAACUUUACUACUGA